AUGACAAAAGGCAUAUUUAUAGCAAUAUUUAGUCUUUCAGGACUUUUAGGUUUAAGUAGUGCACAGUUAAUUCAAUUCGGACAAUGUAAUCCCAACAUUGAGUUGCAGGAGAAUUUCAACUUGACUCGAUUCCUUGGCACUUGGUAUGGCAUUGCCAGGACAGAUAACGAACAACAAAAUGGCGACUGUGCAACCUUAGAGUUGAAUCGUGGAAAUAACGUUAUCAACGUAACAAACGAGUCCGUUAAUAAUAACUUCUAUCAGUUAAUCACUGGUACAGCGACGCAUGAACAAGGAACCGCCAAAUUCAGGCUUAAUGUGUCUGAAGUGCAAAGACCCAUCGAUUUCUGGGUCCUGUUAACGGAUUACGAUAAUUUCGCCGUCGCUUACUCCUGUGAAAAUCGAGGAAAUGUACAAAGAGCAGUAUAUCUCUGGCAGUUGGGAAGAGAGACGACGUAUCCCACAGAGAUGAUGGAAGCACUCGUCAACACAACUAUGAACACACUGCUUGGUAUAAAUUCGUCUGAUUUGAGAAGGAUUGAGCAUUCAGAAAACGCCUGUUAUGUUCUACCAGAAAUAGCUAGAAACGAGCCUGUCAUUCUCCCUGGACAGUGUAAUCCAAAUAUGACAGUCGUUACCAAUUUUAAUGCAGCGAGGUUUCAAGGAGUAUGGCACGAAAUCGCAAAGUACUACACCAUCAAUCAAGCGGGUACCUGUAACAGAGCUCAGUACACAUUAGUAGGAGGAGAGGUUAAUGUUGUUAACAGUCAAGUGGUCAAUCAAACAUUGGAAACCAUUAGCGGCAAAGCUAUUGUCACCAGUACGGACGGCUCUGCAAGACUGAAAGUUACUUUAGAAGUAGCACCAAAUGUGUUCUCAGAUUCCGAACUUUGGAUAUUGGGAACUGAUUACGAUAACUAUGCUAUAUCAUACACCUGUGUCAACCUCGCUAACAAUCAAAAACGAGUAUACAGUUGGAUUCUCAGUAGAUCAAGGCAACUAUCAGCUACCUCCCAAGUUGCUGUCAAUGAAUUAAUUAAAUCUGAAAUCGACUUAAAUGAACGCUUCUACACGGAAACUGAUCAAACGGACACAGGAUGUUUCUUCUUCCCCAAUCCAGUCCCAGGUCAACCAGUGGUCUUCCGUAAACGAUGUGACAUGAGCAUACCCGCAAUGCCUGCUUUUGAUCCUGAAAGAUAUAUGGGACUGUGGCAUGACAUAGAGUCUUAUCCAUCAGUAUUUCAAGGAGGCUCUUGUAACAAUGCUUUCUAUACUCUGACUGAUAGUUCAGUUCUUGUUUACAACACCCAAGUAAUAAACCAACGUUUAGACACUAUCAACGGAGUGGCCGUUCCAGUGGCCACCGACGGUAGUGCCAAACUCGAAGUCACAUUCCCGAUUGCUGGCACUAAUCUUACUGUAACAACUGACUACUGGGUUUUGGGCACCGAUUACGUCAGCUACUCCUUUGUUUAUACCUGUAUAAAUAUUAACGAGGAAGAGAGUCAAGUGUAUGGCUGGAAACUUAGUAGAACAAAACAAAUGCCAGCUGCUGGCAACACAGCCAUCAACGCGAUUAUGAACACCAUACCAGUCCUAGAUCAAAGAUACUUCGUUGCAAAGGAUCAAAGCAGAGAAGGCUGUUUCUAUUAUCCUGAACCACAACCAGAUGUGCCGGUUGUUUUCCCUGGACCGUGUGACGAGAACAUAGAAGUUGUUAGAAAUUUCAACUUGCAACAGUUCCAAGGGAUGUGGUAUGAAAUCCAAGCGUAUCCUAAAGAACAACAAACGGGUCAAUGCAUCUCCCACAACUAUACAUCUGGAGCAGGCAAUACAUUAAGCUUAACAUCUUCUAGUAUCACCGACCAAUUCCUUGGGAUCACGAAUGGCGUUUUGUCUUUCAGUUCUACAGACUCUAGCGCGAAAAUGACUAUUACAAUAACAUCCAGCAAUGGAGUGAUAACGAUACCAUUCUGGAUUCUUAGCACUGACUACAACAAUUACGCCUUUGCAUACAGCUGUGUCAACCAAGGAUCUGACUUUAGAAAAGUUUUCAGCUGGAAACUGAGCAGGUCGAAGCAGUUGUCAUCGGCAGCGAAUACGACUAUCAACAAUAUAAUUAAUAACAACGUAGUACUACGCGACGAGUAUUACAAAGACAUCGAUCAAUCCAAUCGCGGUUGCUUCUAUUUACCAGACCUGGCACCUGGUGAACCAGUCAUUUUGCCAGGACAAUGCGAGCCUAACAUUCAAGUUGUUCAAAACUUUAACUUAACUAGGUAUGCAGGCCGAUGGCGUCUUAUAGAAAGUUAUCCCUUGGAAUCACAAACAGGAACUUGCAAUGACGCUACGUACAGAAUAAAUAAUAAUCUCGUUGAAGUCUUUAACACGCAAGUGAUUAAUCAACAACUGGAUACAAUGAAUGGAACCGCCAGAGUUACAUCCACUGACGGUAGUGCGAAAUUACAAAUAACUUUCCCAGGAAUUGCAACAACACUGGACUAUUGGGUGUUAGACACGGAUUAUGACUCUUACGCACUGGUAUACAGCUGUAGUAACAUCAACUCCCAACAACGAAGAGUUUUAAGCUGGAAGCUUAGUCGAACAAGAGACUUGACACCAACCGCUAUUAACAACAUCAACCAAGUCAUCAACAACGUUGAUGUCCUCAACAACCGCUUUUACGAAAUCAUUAAUCAAUCCGAUGACGGCUGCUUCUAUUAUCCAGAGCCAGAUGGCAACAUUGUCACAUUUAGAGGACAGUGUGAUCCGAACAUAAGGGUCGUAACUGGUUUUGAUGCACAACGGUACAUGAAUUUGUGGCAUGAUAUAGAAUCCUAUCCAAAUCCAUACCAAGGAGGAACAUGCUCUAAUGCAUUCUACGAAAUCGUAGGAGGGGCCGUUGAAGUGUAUAACACGCAAGUAAUAAACCAAAGACUAGAUACCAUCAGAGGAAUUGCCACUUUACAGGAAUCUAAUGACGCCAGUGCAAAACUUACUGUUACCUUCCCAGUUGCUGGAACCAAUCUAAACAUAUCGACCGACUAUUGGGUGCUAGCAACGGAUUAUACUUCAUAUGCUCUGGUAUACAGUUGUAGGAAUAUUGAUAACGAGCAUAGACAAGUAUAUGGCUGGAAAAUAAGCAGAACCAAGCAAUUGACGCCACAGGCCAUAACUGCCAUUAACUCUGUUGUCAAUACCAUACCGGUUUUGGACCAACGCUACUUUAAAAUACAGGAUCAAAGUCCUACAGGUUGCUUUUACUACCCCGAGCCUGCACUAGAUAAGCCGGUAGUAUUUCCUGGUCAAUGUGACGAUUCAAUUCAAGCCGUUUCAAACUUUAACUUGAAUCAGUUCCAAGGCACAUGGUACGAAAUUCAAGCGUAUCCAAAAGACCAGCAAUCAGGUCAAUGCGUUUAUCAUCAAUAUUCGACCAGUUCUAACGCACUUAAUCUGCAAUCGUUCAACGUACUUAAUGACACUUUGAGACUUUCCAACAGCGUAGUGACUAUCAACUCUACAGAUUCAAGUGGAAGAUUACUGAUCAAACUUACUCAAGGCAAUCAACAAAUUGAAAUUCCUUUCUGGAUUUUAAGUACAGACUACAACAACUACGCUUUAGCAUACAGUUGUGUAAAUCAAGGAUCAGAUUUUAGGGCAGUUUACAGUUGGAAACUCAGUAGAACAAAACAGCUCUCCGCAGCCGCUAAUACGGCUAUCAACAAUGCUAUUCAAACCAUCACAGUAUUGGACAACAUGUACUAUCAAAAUAUUGAUCAAUCAGAGGAGGCUUGUUUCUAUUUACCUGAUAUUCCACCAGGUCAAUCAGUGGUGUUUACCGGACAAUGCGACCCUAAUAUUAGGGUCGUGCAAAAUUUUGAUCCAGUCAGGUAUAUGGGCAGAUGGAGAAUGAUCGAAACCUACCCAUCAGAUUUCCAAUCCGGAUCAUGCAAUGAAGCUAACUACAGACUGCUACCUGAUCUAACUGUAGAAGUCUACAAUACUCAAGUAGUCAAUCAAGAUUUAGAUACUAUAAAUGGUUCUGCAAUAUUAGCUACUACUGAUGGAAGUGCGAAGUUACUAGUCACAUUCCCUGGAGCACCGCAGCAAUCCGAUUACUGGAUCUUAGACACUGAUUAUGAUAAUUAUGCCUUAGUGUACAGUUGUCAAAACAUAAAUAACCAACAGCGAAGAGUAUGGAGCUGGAAGCUAAGUCGAGCGAAACAGUUAUCUGCCACUGCAACAAACAACAUUAACCAAAUCGUCAAUAGGAUAAACGUUUUGAAUAGUCGCUAUUAUAUAAAUAUUGACCAUUCCGAUACCGCCUGCUUCUAUUUCCCCAGCGUAGCACCUAACACACCUGUUGUAUACCGCGGCCAAUGUGACCCCAAUAUUCCUGUAGUAAGGAACUUCAACCUAGCUCAGUAUUUGGGCUUAUGGCAUGACAUCGAAUCAUAUCCAAGUCGGUUCCAAUUUGGUACCUGUAGCAAUGCUUACUAUACUUUGAACGGCAGUGUAGUCGAUGUGUUCAACACCCAAGUAGUAAACCAAAGCUUGGCUACUAUUGAUGGAGUUGCUACUCUCGUAAGUGAUCCCGAGAACAGUGCCAAGAUUGUUGUCACUUUCCCAGUCGCCGGAACGAAUCUGACUACAUCAACAGAUUAUUGGGUGCUUAGUACAGAUUACACAUCUUACGCGCUUGUUUAUUCGUGUACAAACCUGGAUGAGGAAACAAGACAAGUUGGCAGCUGGAAACUUAGUAGAACAAAACAGCUAACAUCUAACGCGGUUACGGCUAUAAACAAUGUUAUUAGGACAAUUCCAAUACUGGAUGACCGUUAUUAUCAACAAGUGGACCAAAGCCCUGAAGGUUGCUUUUACUUCCCCGAACCCAAACCAGGGGAACCUGUUCUUUUUCCCGGACAAUGUGAAGACAGUAUUCAAGCAGUUCCCAAUUUUAAUAUGAAUCAGUUCCUAGGAACGUGGCACGAAAUUCAAGCUUAUCCUAAAGAUCAGCAAACCGGUCAAUGUGUUAAUCACCAAUAUACGCUUGCCACAAGUGAUACUCUAAAUUUACAAUCUUUCAAUGUACUUGAUAAGACUUUAAGAAUUUCCAACAGUACCGUUCGCAGAACCUCUACUGAUUCAAGUGGAAAAUUACUGAUAACAUUGAGAGAAGGUGCAAACGCAAUUGAGAUUCCAUUUUGGAUACUAAGCACAGAUUACAAUAACUACGCUUUGGCGUACAGCUGUGUCAAUCGUGGCCGAGAUUUCAGAGCUAUUUACAGCUGGAAGCUUAGUAGGACAAAACAGCUAUCAGCGGCCGCUAAUACAGCGAUCAACAAUGCCAUUGCUAAUAUUACUGUGUUAGACAAUAUGUACUAUGAAAACAUUGACCAGUCUGACAAUGCAUGCUUUUAUCUACCCGAAGUAUCUCCCGGUGAACCAGUUGAUUUUCCUGGACGGUGCGACCCGAACAUCUCAGUAGUUCAAAACUUUAAUCUAACCAGAUACGCCGGUCGUUGGCGUCAAAUCGAAAGUUAUUCAUCAAACUCGGAAUCAGGGUCAUGUAACCAAGCCACUAAUACAAUACGGCCCAAUGGAACCAUUGAAGUAGUGAAUACCGAAGUCGUAAACCAAGCGCUAUUUACAAUAACUGGAUCAGCCGUUCUAGCAACAACUGAUAAUUCAGGAAAAUUACUGGUUACAAUCCCCGGUGAACCCGAACCAAUGGAAUAUUGGAUUUUGGACACCGACUAUGACACAUAUGCGUUCACUUACAGCUGCCGGAAUAUAAACAGCGAAACACGCAGAGUUUGGAGCUGGAAGCUAAGUCGUACAAGACAAUUGUCCACUACAGCCGUGACGAAUAUAAACCGCAUUAUAAAUAAUAUUAACGUCCUUGAUCAACGUUAUUACCGGAAUAUUGACCACUCCGACAGCGGCUGCUUCUACUACCCCACGCCGGUACCCGGCGCUUCGGUUGUGUUCCCGGGUCAGUGUGACGAAAGCAUUCCUGUCGUUAGAAACUUUAACGCCAGCCAGUACAUGGGAGUAUGGUAUGACAUCGAAAGCUAUCCACAACAAUUCCAAGAUGGCACCUGCGCUACUGCCACUUAUACCCUCACCCCGAAUGGUGUGGACGUAUUUAACACACAAGUGAUCAACCAACAGUUAGAUACGAUCACGGCCACUGCCGUCCCUGCAUCGAAUGAUGGCUCUGCCAAACUCAUUGUCACUUUCCCAAUCGCGGGAACUAACGCCACCAUCAGCACUCCUUACUGGGUUUUGGCUACUGAUUACUCCAGCUACGCUUUGGUUUACUCCUGCUCUAAUGUCAACGAUGAAAGUCGUAGAGUAACAAGCUGGAAACUCAGUAGACAACGAAGCCUGACCCAAGCAGCAAAUCAGGCUAUCAACAACGUCAUGUCUACCAUCCCAGUACUUCGCCAGCAAUAUUACAAUGAACGCGGACACACUGAAGAAGACUGUUUCUACUAUCCGAAUAAUAAUGGCGGCCCUGUCAUUCUUAAUGGUGUUUGUGAAGAGCAAGCGGCUGUAACCCGCUUUAAUACUCGUGCAUUUGCAGGCACAUGGUAUGAAACUGCCCGAUUCCCAUCAGAACUACAAACCGGACAAUGUGCUGCUAAUCAGUUCACAAUCCGCGGCCAGAAUGGUUACGAUAUUUCAAAUACUAUUGUAAACAACGAAAGACUGACCACUCUUACUGGAACUGCAACAGUCUCUGCUAAUGGUAGAGGUAUUCUAAAUGCCAAGCUGAGCACCGGAGCUGGAGUUUCUAUUGAUGCAACUAUCUACGUCCUGGCCACCGAUUACACAAACUACGCAUUGAUGUUCAGCUGCCGAAACCUUGGCAAUCAAAGGAAGCAAAUAUACAGUUGGAAACUAAGUCGAUCACAGUCAGGACUUUCGCAAUUGGCUAACAAUAUCAUUAAUGAAGUUGUUACAAAUACAACUGAUCUUUUUGAUGGCUACUAUGACAAUAGCGAUCAAAGCAGUGACGCUUGCUUUUACUAUCCCGUAUUUGAUUCGCUUCCAUCAAUGAUUACGUUGCCUGGAAAAUGUGAUGAGACUAUUCGUGCUAAAGCUAACUUCGAUGCGUCUGCUUAUCUCGGAAGAUGGAUCGAAAUCGCUCGCUAUCCUCAACUAUACCAAUUUGGAGAAUGUAGUCGAGCGCAAUACAAUCUCGUCAACGGUAGCGUUGAAGUUGUCAAUACAGAAGUUAUCAAUAACACCUUGGAUACAAUGAUCGGAUCAGCCUUUGUAGCUUCAAAUGAUGGAAGUGGAAUAUUGAAUGUAACAUUUGUAUUAGCCAAUGGAGUCGUUAAUGUUGCCAACUAUUACAUUCUCGAAACCGACUACAUUAGCUACUCCUUGGUGUAUAGUUGCCGAAACCUCCCUGAUGGAAAUAGACAAGUAAGCAGCUGGAAGCUUAGCAGAACUCGGACCCUCAGCAACCAGGCAAAUAACAUAAUGAACAACAUCAUAAGUAAUACACGAGGUCUACUAGAAGAAUAUUACAUAACCAGUGACCAAUCUGACGAAACCUGCUUCUACGUACCUGAAGUUAUCCCUGACCAAGCACCAGUGUUUAGAGGACAAUGUGAAGACAUUUCAGGUGUCCAAGGUUUUGAUAUUCAGAGGUAUUUGGGUUGGUGGCACGAGAUAGAACGUUAUCCAUCAGACGAAAACCUUGGUCAUUGCAUCAGCUCGGAAUUCCGUCAAUCUAAUAACCAGUACCAGGUCAUCGACACCAAUAUCUUCGACGUAACGGCCCAAGUCAACACUAGUACACUCACUGUGACCAAUAACGGCAGAUUAAGAAAGACUUUGAGCAACGGCCGCGUUAUCGAUAUCUGGGUACUUGCAACUGACUAUGAAACCUACUCUCUUCUGUAUUCGUGCGAAAAUAUCAACGAAGAAUACAGACGUGUAUGGAGUGCCAAACACAGCAAGUCCCGUCAACUGACACAGGCAGCUCAAAACGCCAUGGCGCCUAUUAUCACAAGCAACCGCGUCCUAUAUCCUCAGUUCUAUCAAACGGUAGACCAGAGCGAUAGCGCUUGCUUCCAUUAUCCGGAGCAGACUGGACGACAGAUAAUUCUACCUGGUCAGUGCGCCAUGGACAUACCCGUCGUGCAAAACUUCGAUGCCACCCAGUAUACUGGUACGUGGUACCAAAUAGAGCGAUAUCCGCAAUUCCACGAGACUGGUUCCUGCACUGGAGCUCGCUACACCUUAGAUGAAACUACGGGUGUUGUUACUCUCCUCAACUGGGAGGUUAUAGAUGGUGAACUUGAUACCAUCGAGGGCACUGCUACAAUCAACUCAACUGACGGCAGUGCUAAGCUACUUGUGACCUUGCCCGAUAGGUUAAGUGACGAUCCCGAAGCAACGGUCACCACCACACUAUACGUACUGACGACUGACUACGUAUCGUAUUCUUUAGCGUACAGCUGCGUCAACAUAAAUCAGUUCCAAAGAUCUGUCGGAGUAUGGAAGCUCAGUCGUACAAGGACUAUGCCUGAGGCAGGAAAUACUGCCAUCAACACCUACAUGAGAAUGAGGGAGGAAUUGUACCAACCCUAUUUUAUACAAGUUGAGCAGAGUGACGAGUGUGAGGAGCCGAGCUCAGCUAUUUUGUUCAAAAGCAGUAUUAUUGUGAUGCUAAUGUGUAUAGCUGUACAAAUUUUCAUUUACUAA